UAGGGAAUAGUACACCUAUAAAAAGGAAGAAUGUUUUCAGAAGCAGCACAUAAUAAGCAAGAACAACAACAACAACAACCUCUCUUAGUUUGACACUUUAGUAUAGUAUAAUAAUAAGCUGGUAGUUACUUUGGAAAUGGAGUGGUGUCCUCAAAAUGCUAUGAAAGCUUUCUUGCAAACUCUCCAUUUGUGUAAAGUAAAUAAGAUUCAUAAUGCAGUACAAAAGUACGGGUUAGAUGGAAGCAAAAUCAUGGAACCUCAAGGAACGGAGUUACUAUCAGCUUUAGCAGCAGGAAACCAAGCAAGAAUAAUACUAGAAAUCACCACUUCACAUUCCCAACAACAAAGUGUUACACCUUUAACUCUUGGUCUUGCUGUUGCUGCAAACCAAACUCAAGGCAAACUCAUCUGCAUUCGUCCAUCUCUUCAUUCCUGUUACGGGCUUGAACAUGUUGUCGAACACGAAAACAAACACGAACACGACUGCAAUGCUAAUGGUAGUGCAACUGAAUUAAGAGUUGGAGAUCCAUGUGAGGUGGUAACUGAUAUUCGGAACGUCGAUUUUGCUGUCAUUGAUUGCACUAAUCUUGACGCUAAUCGUCUAAGAUUACUAUCUGACAAACUUCAUCUUAAUCCAAGAGGAUUUAUCAUCGUUGCUAAUAAUAUUUUACAUAGAGAACAAGGUGUUGCUCUUGUUGAUCAGAUCUUGAAGGGUAAAAGAGGAAUUCAAUCAUCUGUUACAACUUUGCCUUUAGGAUCAUCACCAGGAUUUCAACUCAUCAUUAAAGUUAAAUCUCAGAAGAGGAGGAAGCACAAGAGAUUUUUUGUCACAUUUGAUGAUUAAAUGAUGUUCUUGUGUUCUAAUUUCUGUUUUUUUUAUCUUUCCAAGUAAAGUUCUGCACAACUUUUAAAAUGUAUAUAUAUGUACAAUAAUUAUAUAUAUACAGUCUCCGUACUCAAA